GCCGCUCUUCUUUGAUGAUUGGGCAGCGGCGAACUUCAAAGUCAUAAAUCUCACUCCUGACUGGCUGGCGGCCCACCAAAGUCCUUAUCAAAUCCAAAGAAGUGAUCCUUCACUCCCUCAGAUAGUCCGGGGAUCGCUGGAGGAGAGGAAGCCGCGACAAGACCUUCAAGUCUUGCUGAACAUUUCUUCGCGUUUUUUCUUGUGUGGAGGGGCUGCUUUUUUAAAACGCGGGAAGCUUGAGGAACUCGAGGAAGCGUUGCCAUGGCAGCUGUGGCUGUGCUGAGGAACGACACACUACAGGCGUUUCUGCAGGAUCGCACUCCAAACUCCUCUCCAGAAAACAGCAAACAUUCUCCUCUGGCACUUUUAGCAGCGACGUGUAACCGGAUCGGUCACCACCACGGAUCCACUCCCACGGACUUUAUUCAAGUUCCCUACGACACCACCCUCGGCUCGCCGUCACGGAUUUUCCACCCAUGGAGUAAUGAGGCCAAUCAUCAAUCCACGCUUUCCAGCAACCCUUCCUUUGGACUAUCCUCCAAAUCUCACCUGCAGAGCUCCUACGCGUCCCACCAUGAGCUCCCGCUGACCCCUCCGGCAGAUCCUACAUAUCCGUAUGAUUUCUCUCCGGUUAAGAUGUUGCCAUGUUCAAUGCAGUCCUUGCAGUCCACCUGCCCGCCGACUUAUGUACCUGCGGUUACCUACGCAGCACCUGCCCCCAUCCCUCCAGCCAUGCCUAGUUUUGUCCCGGGACACUCAGGCCUGGUUCAUCAGCAGCAGAGACAGCUAUCCCCAAAUCCAGGGGAGGAUAUACCAUGGUGGAGCCUUCAGCAAGGGAAUCCCGUCACUCACUCGGUGCACCCACACCGAUUCCCCAUCCAAAGGGGCUUAGUAUUGGGACACACAGAUUUUGCGCAGUAUCAAACUCAAAUCGCAGCCUUGUUGCACACCAAAUCUCCGCUGGCUACUGCCAGGCGCUGCCGGAGAUGCAGAUGUCCGAACUGUCAGUCGUCCAGCUCUAGCGAUGAGCCCGGAAAGAAGAAACAGCACAUCUGCCACAUUCCUGGAUGCGGGAAGGUUUAUGGUAAAACGUCCCACCUGAAGGCGCACCUGCGCUGGCACUCAGGAGAGAGACCCUUCGUCUGUAACUGGCUCUUCUGCGGGAAGAGUUUCACCCGGUCAGAUGAGUUACAGCGGCACCUGCGGACGCACACCGGCGAAAAACGCUUUGUGUGUCCAGACUGCUGUAAGAGGUUCAUGAGGAGCGACCAUUUGGCCAAACAUGUCAAGACGCACCAGAACAAGAAGAGCAAAAGUCAUGACAAAACCUCCGAUUAUGUGAAAAGAGAAGAUCUGAGACCCGUGUAGAAGACUCAGAUGACCACAUAGACUAGUGCAAUAUCAACUUCAGGAUCCUAAUCAAGUGGAAGAGAAAAACUAAAUGUUUUAGUGCUGGGCAAAGAUUAAUCGCGAUUAAAUCGCAUCCAACAUAAGUUUAUUUUGACAUAAUAUUCAAUUCAAGUUUAUUUGUAUAGCGCUUUUCUCAAUAAUUAUCGUUUCAAAGCAGCUUUACAAAGGUAUGUUAUUAUAUUAUUAUUACGUAUAUGUGACACACUCACACAUACAUAGAAACAAAACUAUACAAAACAAUUUUGUUUUAUAGAUAUUUAAAUUCAUAUAUAAUGUAUAUCAUUAUAAUCUAUUUAUUAAUUAUUAAAAUAUAAACAAACAUUUUCUCAAAUAUACACUUGCAUGUGUGCAUUUAUAUAUACUUAAUAAAUACACACAAUACCGGGGCGGACUAGGACAGUAUUUUCAUCUGGGAAAGUUAAUGUACAGCAGGUGUGCGGCGAUCGGCAAGUUAAGAGGGGAGGGCAGGCUAGAUUAACCAUCAGGCUACCAGAAAAUGUCCAGGUGCUCCCUAUGGGCAUUC